AUGGACAUUCGGUGCCGAGCAUUAUACGGCUCGUUACUGUUUGUCUUUUUCAUUGUUUGGAUUCUCUUAUUAUCCGAACAAUUUGAUGAAUCCUAUCCGCGAAUACAUCGAUCGAUUCCACCAGCUGAACAAUAUGAUUAUGUCUUAGAGCCUGGUGACGAUAUUUGCUCAAACGACGGAUCGUUACUAUUGGUUGUGUAUGUUCAUUCGGCAAUCGAAAACCGUCAUCGUCGAGAAUCGAUCCGUACAACGUGGGCAUCUCGUUCAAUCUUUGGCAAACAUAUACGAGUGUUAUUCAUGUUAGGUUCAAGUCAUAAUGCUGAAUUAAUGAAACAGACUCAAUUUGAAUUCGAUACAUAUCGAGACAUAGUUCAACAAAAAUUCAUCGAUGCCUAUCGUAAUUUGACAUACAAAGGAAUUAUGGCAUUAGAUUGGAUAUCGAGACAUUGUAAUCGAGUGCGAUAUGUUUUGAAAACAGACGAUGAUAUGUUAAUCAAUAUGUUUUCGAUUCUGAACCAUUUAUACACUCUAACAUACGUUUAUCCGAAUGAAAGUUGGCAUUAUACAAUUGCGUGUUUGAUGUGGCGACAAAUGCGUGUGACACGCGAUCGAUCAUCGAAAUGGUUUGUCUCAUCGGAUGAAUAUCCUUAUGAACAUUUUGCAUCCUAUUGUUCCGGAUCGGCGUAUUUUAUUACUCAGGAUUUGAUUCGGCCACUUUUUGAAACAACUCGUUCGAUUCCAUUCUUUUGGAUUGAUGAUUAUUAUAUAACUGGCCUAUUGCCACGUGCCAUUCGACCAACGAUUCAUGUUAAUUAUUUAUAUAUCAAUUCUCUAUUUGUUGUCAAUGUUGACCUAGUUGAACAACGAUUUCUUUCACCUUUCGGCCUUGCUUCACUUGCAUUUGCCCAUAUGCCAUUAUCAGUCAAUCGUCUUUUACAUGUUUGGCAACAUCUGAUGAUCAAUAGUCAAUCUGCACAGAAAUAUCUCAAUCGUACUUAUAUCUAG